AUGGCCCACCCGUAUGAGCCGUGGUUACGGACAGCACCACCUAGUGGCAGCUCAGAAGACAUGAAUAUCCCCUCUUGGUGGGACCUCCACAGAGAUGUCCAACCUGGGAGCUGGAUAGACCUGCAGACGGGACAGGGGGUGGGCUUGCCAUCAGUGAGUCCUGGAAGCUCCAUGGGCUUGCAGCCAUCUUUGGGACCCUACGGCUCUGACCCUCAGCUGUGCACCUUGCCUCCUACACAACAUGCCCCACCCUCACACUCAUCCCACCUCUACCCCCAGGAUGGCUUCAAGAUGGAGCCCCUGGCCCCUGAAAUGCUGCAGCAAGAACCAUUCUCCCUGGAGGAACCACAGGAGAAUCCUGUCUCAGCCCGCCCAAAGCCCCAGCGCCGCUCUUCCUCCAGAGGCGCCGGCCAGGCUGUGUGCCGCUGCCCAAACUGUGUCCACGCCGAGCAGCUAGGCCAGAGCACAGAUGACAGCAGGAGGAAGCACAUGCAUAACUGUCACAUCCCAGGCUGUGGCAAAGCUUAUGCCAAGACCUCCCACCUGAAGGCUCACCUACGAUGGCACAGCGGGGACCGGCCUUUCGUCUGCAACUGGCUCUUCUGUGGCAAGAGAUUCACGCGCUCUGACGAACUGCAGCGCCACCUUCAAACGCACACUGGCGCCAAAAAGUUCAGCUGCGCAUUAUGCCCUCGAGUCUUUAUGCGCAAUGAUCACCUGGCCAAGCACAUGCGCACACACGAGUCCCCUCCAGGACACGGGGAGGAGAGGGUGAAUGGAGACGGGAGGAUGGAGAAGAGCUUUGAUGCUGCUACACCUCCUCAGUCUUCUUCAAAUGUGUCUGCAUCUGAAGUCUCAGAGCCUCCGCUGAAGCUGAAGUGUGAGACAGACCCCUCAGUCUCUGGUGUGACGGGACAGUCUGGCUAAAUUCAGCAGGCUAUAACUUUGCAGUUAAAGGUUUACCGAGGUUUUCCUCUGUCAUAGAGAUGCCAUUGUUUUACAAUAGAGUAGAGAAUAGGAAACAGGUUUGGAGGAAUAUUUACUGAUGGAAGUUGGGUUGAAGAGAACGGUUCUCAUUGUCAUCCUGUGAAUUUAGCAACUGGGUAAACUCAGUUAUACUCUAAAUGUUUUCUCACACAGAAAAAAGACAGAAAAUUCUGAUCCUGUGGACAAAACUGUCCUCUGUUCACCAAAAGGUGACAACAGAGGCAGCCGAGCUGAAUCUACAGCUUGUUGCUGGACCACCACUGCUGCUGCUGAAGCUACCGGCAGACCAAAAGACAGAGCCAAGUUCAACUGA